AUGGAGAUGCUCGUCGAGCUGGAUCUCACGAUGCCUGUUCUACACAGCCUGUUUCACUCGUCAAUCCAAUAUAUCCAACUUCCUUUAGUGUCUCACAGUCUCAGUCGCCAUUCGUUCGUCAAGAUGGACUUCAGUCGACUCUCGGCUCAGCAACAGGCCGAUCUCAUGGCUCUCAUCCAAACUGCCUCGAAUACAGCCCCAAAUUCGUCGCUACCUGGCCCGAACCCCUCGCAGGCCUAUGGCGAGACCCAGCCUGGAGUCUUGCAGCAGCACCCUGUGUCGGUCACUCCUAGCCAGAACACGACCUCUGCAGCCCCCUAUACUGUCGCAGGUCAGCCUUCGACACAGUCGGCUUGGUCCUCAUCGCCUACUCGGCCGAGUGUUCCCGGACAGCCUCACCGAGUUAGCCAAACAGCUGGGGCUUCUGAGCUGGUGCCUGAAGCAAGGCCAUCGUCGCACCCAUCCUUUCAGGGCCACAUCGUCUCGGCUGGCGAAGUAGCUGGGUCGCCCUCGCAUCCCAAUAUGCCCCCAUGGGCCAUAACCCCUGGCAAUCCUGUCGCACAGAGGUCGACGACACCUUGGCAUGGCAUGCCUACCUUUGGUUCGUCUCUGCGAGUUUCGUCAGUAGCAGGCCCAUCGUCGCUGUACAACACCACCGAAGUCACUCCGGGCCCCGGCCCAAGCCGUAGCCUGACACAGCCUAUCCUGGGAUUGAACAGGCUCCGUCCCCAGGCUUCCAGCCAGGUCAAUGUAGCUCGCCUGUCAUCGUCAGCUCGUAUGCCUCGCACGGCGGGCUCCAGCCUGUCAGCUCGGCCCCGCCGCACACGUGGCUCGGCACAGCAUCCACCGUCGCUCCCGCAUCUCCCCCAUAUCAUACGAUCCCCUAUACCACAUGCCGAAGACCAGGUCAAAGUGACCUGUCUGAUCUAUCCGCAGCCUGACCCUCCGUCAGCUCCACUUAUUGCCUAUAACUUCGGACGGGACAGCUUCGUCGAUCAUCUGCGAGGGCAUGGGCUCUGUCACGACUUUGACAUCCCGCUGUCAACACCACUGCCCCGCCUGGCGAGAAUGGUCUUGCUUGAGAUGCGGACCUCGUCUUUCCACUAUGAGGUCCCCACUGCCGAUCAUCUCGCCUUUGAGCAUGAGCGCCUCCCUCUCGGCAUUUUAAGCUUAAAAAACCGUGGCAUUCGUCGUGCGGACGGCCAGGUCUAUCUCGAUCAUAAGCCCCUGUGGGCCGACAAAACAGUCGAGAUGCUCCUCGCAGAUAAGCACCGCUUCGCUCACAGCGACCACGGCUUUUACAAUGGCCGUUUUGUUCUGCGAUUUGCUGUACCCCCUCCGUCACCCAUGCUAGGAAGUCCUGAUCGCACGAACAGCAACCCGGGCAGCCCAGCCUCCACGACCGACUCGGAUAUUGGAAUGACAGAUGCCACGACUGGGCCCAGAGCUGGUGCUCAGCUGAAUGGUCGUACAGUGCCAAGUCUUGCUCGCACAUCGUCUAUGCCAUCGGCUGUAGCUGCAUUCAUGCCCCGUGAUAUCUGGCAGUCGCCGUGGGAGCCAGAACUGCCGAGGGAUGCUGUCGGUGGCCAGCAAUACAGCGAGCUGAGUGGCUUCGCUGAAGCUGUCUAUGCUGCAGCCAGCCGCCACCCUGAGGCCCACGGUAGUGGCAGGGCGCGGGGUGCACAGGCACGGCCAUUUUCACUGCGAAUUGAAGGGACUAGCAUGGAUGCGAUGGUCGAUGCCCUCCGGGAGUAUCUUAUUCAAGUUGAUGCUGCCCAUCUCGGCGAUUACACAGCCCUACUGUCGCCUGAUCGCGUGUUCCGAAGGCUGUCGCCAGCUGGAGCAGUAGUGUCAUUCGGUGCAGGUGUCGAGCGUGAGGUUUUGUGGACAGCACUCCAGAAAUACCAGGGAGAUCCCAGGUUCUGUCGGCCUGGCCUAGAUGGGACCUGGACGAUCGCUAACAGUCCCAUCGCUCACUUUGCUGCUGAAGAAAACAGGCUCGCCCGCAAGAAGGAGCUCACGAUCUUCGGGGCCCUGACUGCACUCCUCAUGGUCAAUGGCCAGUGCCCGAAGCCCCUCGACCCUGUAUUCCUGCACUACCUGAUCCAUGGGUGCUGCAUCGAAUCUGUCACGAAGGCGAUCAUGGCCGAAUGGCACCCAGCAUUCACGACGCGGCUGUCAGCCUUCCUGGAUGCUGGUCCUGCAGGUGACAUAACCCCCUUCAUCUCGGACAUCGUGGAGUAUGCCGAGGUUGAUGUCAGAAGUCUCCGUGACCGGGAUCCUGCGACACAUCGUGGUGUCGCCGCCCUCAUACUGUACAAGGGACUAUUAGGCAACGAAAGCCCCCAACACACCGAUACCCAGAGCUUUCUGCGUGGUCUCAGGCUCCCGUGUGCCAAUGGGUUCGAUUUCACGCAGGCUGUUCGCCUGUAUGUAGGUGGCUCUAACACGUUCGUCAACGAGGUAUGGGCUGCAUACAUCAUGGCAUACAGCUCCAUCGCGCCGCAGCUGGACAUCCGCACUGCGAGCACGGUGCCACAGGAGCAGCGCACACUGAGGGUUGAUGGUCGCGACUACGCACUCGGCGACCUCGUCAGGACUUUCCUGCAGGGUACAGGGAUUCCCUGUGCAUCAGGAAAAAACUCUCCUGUGAAUGAGCAAUAA